GUAACCGUGUGUUUGGCAAAAGGAAAUAAAGACGGGAUUUGCAAAUCUCAUAAUCGGUGGAAUUCUGCAAAUCUCAAGAGCAGGGGAAAUUUUUUUUGUUGCGCGCCAAGAAAUACACCUUAUAUCAGUUUUCUAUCAAGAGUGGGAGAAGAAGGCAGGCCAUCCAAGUUUCGCAGGAGGAGGCUUCUACUAUCAAGGCCGCAAGAAAAGCUUGAGAAAUGCCUGUUGAUAAAUCUUGGAUGCAAUCUGGGAGGUCGUCAGAAGAUUAUUUUGUAGGAGUUGAAAGUUUUCUCAAUUAUGCAUACAACCAUGUUAAGCCGAAUGAUUCUAAGAUCUUCUGUCCUUGCUCUAAAUGCAGUAAUAGAUAUAGACAUCUGAGGUAUGAGGUACACAAGCAUCUUCUUUAUGAUUGAAUUAAACUAACUUAUACUACAUGGCAUUUGCACGGUGAGGGUGAGGAUGAGGAUAUUGAUGAAAGUGAUGAAAGUGAUGAAAGUGAUGGUGACAAUGAUGGACAUGAUGUGGCCAGUAUGGAGCAAGACGAUGAUAUGCAUGGUUUAAUAGAAGAAGGUCGUCCACAAGAUCCAAAUGGAGAUGCGCACAAGUUUUACAAAUUGUUAGAAGAGGCAGAACAACCAUUGUACGUUGGUUGUGAAUCAUAUUCUAAUCUGUCUUUUGUUGUGAACCUUAUGCAUAUCAAGGGUAUUGGUACUAUGAGCAUUAAAGCAUUUGAUUUAGGUCUUCAUUAUAAUAAUAUAGAUGCAUGCAAUAAUGAUUGCAUCAUUUAUUAUAAGGAGCAUGCAAAUGCAAUGCAGUGUCCUACAUGUAAGCUUUCGAGAUGGAAGAAACAAGGAAAGGGUAGCAAAAAGAAAGGUAAAAAGGUUCCAUGGAAGGUGCUUAGAUAUUUUCCACUCACACCAAGACUUCAAAGAUUAUUCAUGUCAUCCAAGACAGCUGUAGAUAUGAGAUGGCAUUUUAAGGACCGUGUAAAAGAUGGAGUGUUGAGGCAUCCAGCAGAUUCUGAGGCUUGGAAAUCGUUUAAUCAAAUUCAUGAGUCAUUUGGUAUGGAACCUGGAAAUGUAAGACUUAGUUUGGCAACAGAUGGAUUUAAUCCUUUUGGGAACAUGAAUUUGCAUUAUAGUAUUUGGCCGGUUCUUAUAUACCCAUAUAAUCUUCCUCCGUGGAUGUGCAUGAAGGACCCUUAUGUUUUCAUAACUUUACUUAUUCCUGGACCUAAGGGUCCAUGCCAUGACAUUGAUGUAUACAUGAGGCCAUUAAUAGACGAAUUGCGAACAUUGUGGGAAAUUGGUGUUGAAACGUAUGAUAUAUAUGCAAAGCAAAAUUUUCAGAUGAGAGCUGCACUUCUUUGGACUAUCAAUGAUUAUCCAGCAUAUGCAUACAUGUCAGGUUGGAGUACGUCUGGUAAAUUGGCAUGCCAAUAUUGUGCAUCUGAUACUUCGCAUCGGCGGUUAUCUCAUGGGUCUAAAACAUGUUAUUUGGGUCAUAGAAGAUUUUUACCGUCUGACCACGUAUGGCGUAAUCAACGAAGCCAAUUUGAUAAUGCAAGGGAAAUAAGACUUGCACCCAAGAGACCAUCUGGUGAUGAUGGCACACCUCCCGAGCCAUUAACCGGAGAAGAAGUGUUGCAUAUGGUUGAAGAUGGUGACAGAGAGUCUGAUGCUAUUGGGGUUUUGGGUCUUCUUCCAAAGCAAAAAUUUACAGCUGCUUUGCGGAUGCUUGCAUAUGAGGCAUUUGCAAUGCAGGUGGAUGAGAUUGCGCGGAUGUGA